GCCUGUAGCAUUAGCUCCAACGCUUGCAUCUAUACUCCACUGUGCCAGCUCGUCGCUCAUCCACUCAUCAGCCAAAUCACAUCUUCGCCCUGUCGAUCAACCAAGAUCCAAACUUCCUAGCUGCAGAUAGAUACAGUAAUAUCCUGAAUAGCGUACCAACAAUCUUCGAACAAACGCGGGCUAGCAUGCCGACUCGUACUAUGUUCGAGUACAUCAUCAAGACCAGCCCCUCGGGCCGGCACCACCACCGCCAUCACCACCACGACUCCCAUUACCACUCUCGAACUCGCUGCUUCGACUCCUGCGCCGGCAUCCCCGUCGAGAAGUGGGACGGCCUCAUCGACCAAAACCGCGAUCUAGCCAGCUCCAACGAAGUGCUCACACGCGAAAACCAGACCCUGAAGUCCGAGCUGCAGACCGCGGUGCAGGAGAACGUGCGUCUAACAACGGAGGUAAGCUCGCUACGCCGCUCGCGGUCGACCGACAGCGAAGCGAGUUUUCGGCGACGCAUCGCGGCGCUGACGAAAGAAGUCGGCGAUCGCACCGCGGAAGCCGACAGCCUGCGGCGGAAAAAAGAACACCUCGCCACGCGCGUCGACGUGCUCUCCGAGACGGUGUCGGAGAACGGGCGCGCGAUCGGUGCUUUGACUCGGGAGUUGGUUGAUUGGAAGAGGCAGGUCGCUCACUUUAGGGGCUUGUACGAGAAGUAUAAGUGUAUGUUCCACGCGCGCAAGAGGGACCUUGAGGAGAGCGAUCGCCUGGUUAAGGAACAGCGGGCGAUGCUGAGACGGCUGGAGGACCCGCUGCCGUUUCGGAGUGGGAGGCGGUAUAGCUGUACCUAAGGGGUUUAAGCUGAGGUUCUUGUCUAUUUUACGUUGGUAUGUGUUUUGGGUUGUGCGGGCAUCAUCAGAUUGUGCGGACGACAUUCUCUAAGUAUCAUGCUACGAGUUCUGCAGUUUCAUUUUGUCAAAGUUCGCGUGUUACGCUGAAUAGGGGUUAGGGAUAGGGGCUAAGAGUU